AUGGAUGGUACAUUCAGUUGGGAAGCUGCACGGCCGUUGAAGGGGGGCUUCGGUGGUAGUCAACCCGGAGGAAUCUCCCCUGAUUUGCCCGUCAUUGGUGCCGCCAAAUCACAACGCAAGGGUUACAUGAUGGAAAGCCAUUACAUCGGCAACAUCUGGCCUGAGUCAGAUGGUGACCCUGAGCCAUCUCCGUACGCAAGCCAAAUUCGAUUCCCACACACUGCAUGGCAACCACUCAUCACCUCGUUCAUCCAUGCAUGGAAAGCUGGUGGCUCCGCUCCCUCCAUGUCCAACCCUUUAGGCACCCAAGCUACUGGAGCACUGUGCUACAAAACGAUCUCGCCAAAUACCACUUGCCGAAAGGAGGGCCAAGGCACGUACUGGGAGAAACCCAACGGCUUUGAGACCGGCACCAACACGCUCAACUGGGCUGUCAUCCUGCCAGCCGGUUCGUCCGGCAUGAAGAUCCGCGUCAUCAGCAAUCACAUGGUCUGGCAAAUCGUGGGCGUCGGGCCGGGACUGACUUUUGGCGCGACUGGUGGAAUGCAGGCGGAUGAGCAGCAUCUUGAGUUGCUGGAUGCUGGAGGGAAUGUUUUCAUGUCGACGACCAGCGGCAGACGCGUCGAGGGUGACUGCCCGGAUGGGAUUCAUAAUAUGAACUAUUACGUUUUGGGCUUGGCUCACGGUAACAAUGCUGGCAAUGGUUGUGUCAGUAUCGCUGUUGGCGCGCUGGGUGGCGGUAAAUCUCCCGAGAGUGGGAGUAGUCCAUCUUCUGGCGACGUCGGGGUACCAUUUGCGGUGGAUGGAGGCGCUCGAGCUCCUGUUGGCGGCAUUGAUUCAUCGUUCAGGUCCCAAAGACAGGAAUGGGUAAAAGGUCGGAGAGAGACUGACCGCCGGUUCAGCUCCCUUGUAAGAAUCGAGGCUGUUGGAAUAGCAUUCCGGGGCAUCUUAGGCUAG